AUGUAUGUAUUGUUCUUCAUUUUGACUUUUUUACUAUCCAUUGGAUCGAGUUUAAGAUUAGCACAACCACCGAGAAUGACUAAGAUCAACAACUGGAGAAAAUUAACCUACUCUGGACCUGUCAUAUUAAAUUAUUAUAGUUUGAUAUCAAAUUUUAGUUUAAUCCGCUGUAUAGCAACUUGUUCAUCUCUCUACAACUGGGAUCAGAUUUAUUAUCAAGAAGAAGAUUGUUAUUGUUUAGCACCAAGUUAUGUGGAAGCUAGUAGAGUUUCUGGAUGGGUGAAAACCAAUUCAGAAUCUAUGGUGCUUUAUCAAGAUUUCUUUAGUUGUUUCGUCAAGGGAUAUACAGUAUUUUCAGGCCAAGGGUAUUGUUUAAAGUACCACUCUACUCUGGUCACUUUUGAAAAUGCCGAAUCACAAUGUCGAUAUGAUGGCGGUCAUUUGAUGUCGGUUUAUACACAAAAGGAUUAUGACAAUUUAAGAUCUUUAUAUUCACAUAACCAGUCUGUCUAUGUUGGGGCACACAGAACACUGGAUGAUUCUCGUUUAGAUUGGAUACAUGGUGGAACUGUUGAGGAGUCGUUCUGGAAAUCUGGUGAACCAAACAAUCAUAGAGGGAAAGAAAACUGUGUAGAAGUUCAGUCUACUGGACCCUUUAACGAUAAAGGUUGUAGUAUGUUGUAUGGUUAUAUUUGUCAGAUAUUAACUAAAUUACCACAGGGGAGAGUUACUGUAUCGGCAUAA